AUGGAGGGCAACAGUUGGCAGGAGUUCCUUAUGUUUACUCUCAAAGGUAGCUGUAGACAGCACCUCAUCUUCCUGAGCUCUGCUGGACUCACAGGAACUCCUGAGCAGCAGAGAGAGCUGGGGCGUCUCGGGGCAGCCCCAAAAUAUCGCGUUAUCUCGGUCGCCCCUCCCGCUGAUUCCGACUGGCACGCAACUUUACGGCUGCCGGAGGUGCCUCCGCCACCGCGUAGCCUUCUGGGAGUUGUAGUCAACUUCUCAGCCUUCCGAGAGCUGUAG